CGUUUUCUACGGUACAAGUUUGCUUCGACAAAUGGCCUUUCCAUUGAGCUCACAAGACAAUUCACAGCAGCAUGGUCGGUGCAUGGACGCCCCACGAGGACGAGCUCCUCCGACGACGCGUGGAGAAGGCCGGGUCCGAGUCCUGGUCCAAGAUCGCCGAGUCCGUGCCCGGAAGAUCAUCCAAGCAAUGCCGAGAUCGGUGGCGCAACCACUUGGACCCGUCGCUCAUCAAGACGGCGUUCACGACAGACGAAGAGAUUGCGCUGGAGAACGCAUACGAAGAGCUCGGGAACCGAUGGACAGAGAUCGCCAAGCGCCUGCCCGGGCGGUCCGAGCACGACAUCAAGCUCCGAUGGAAGACGAUGCAUCCGCAUCGCCAAGAGAAGGCUAAAGCGCGGUCCUUUGGCUUUGGCUUUGGCUCGCUCAAGUUGCACUCGAGCAGCAGCAGCGCCAGCAGUACGAGCGAGCCCAAGUCGACGCCGACGCCACGCUCGGCGCCGAUCGAGACGAGCCCGCCUCCGUUCGCGCGUCGCCGCAGCUUUGAGAACGUCAUGAACACGACCGAGCACCUCGCCAACCAGUAUGGUCACGAAUACAUGUCGCCGUCGUCGUCGCGGCCGCGCAACUUCUCCAACGUCAUGGGCUCGGAGAACGUCGCGUCGAUGCUCGACGAAAUCCACCUCAACGCGAUGCACAAGCGACCGUACUUGGAAGACCACCGCCGCAUGCAGCUCGAGUGGGAGCGCCAAGACAGCCUCGGCAGCAGCAACAACAACACCAGCCUCCACAGCCUCAACGGGUCGUUUGCGCUCUCCGAGUCGUUCUUGGCCAAUCUGCGCAACGCCGAGACGAACGACGGCGUCGACGACGGGCAGCUCGUCGACUCGCUCUUUGCGUCCUUUGGCCCGCACGACGAAGAAGCCAUCCGGCGCACGUUCAACUUGAGUGUUCAAGAGUUCGACGAUCUCCUCGAGAACAAGAGCGAGAUCAAAAAGAGCCUCUCGAAGCUCUCGCUGCGGUCGUCGAUGCUCUCCAACACGUCGUUCCUCAACAACGACGACGACCUCAACCACCUCAUCAACUCGUGUGUGCAGCCGCCAUACCACGACGAGCAGCACAUGACUUUUUAAUAGACGCGUAGUACAACCUCCGUGUAAUACGUGUA